AUGAGCCGCCAGUUGACCCUCUACUCCGGCGGGGAGCGCCUGGGCUUCAGUGGCUGCUCCGCGGUUAUCUCGGGCCGGCUCGGCAGCAGUCGCGCCUCUUUCAGGGCCGGGGUCAAGGGCACAGCCACAUUUGGCAGCCGGAGCCUCUUUAGCUUGGGGACCAGCCGGCGCCUGGCGCUUAGCGCUGCGACCGGACGGGGCGGAGGCUACUCGCUGGGCCAGGGGGGCAUGGGCGGUGGUCGCCCAGGUGGCUUCGUGGGCACGGUCUUUGGAAGCGCAGGAGUGGGGCCCACGUGUCCGUCCGUGUGCCCGCCCGGGGGCAUCCCUCAGGUCGUCGUCAACAAGAGCCUCCUGACCCCGCUCAACGUGGAGCUGGACCCUGAGAUCCAGAAGGUGCGCGCCCAGGAGCGGGAGCAAAUCAAGGCUCUGAACAACAAGUUUGCCUCCUUCAUCGACAAGGUGCGGUUCCUGGAGCAGCAGAACCAGGUGCUGGAGACUAAGUGGGAGUUGCUGCAGCAGCUGGACCUCAACAACUGCAGGAAGAACCUGGAGUCCAUUCAUGAGAGCUACAUCAGCAGCCUGCGAAAGCAACUGGAGACCCUGUCUGGGGACAGGGUGAGGCUGGACUCAGACCUGAGGAACGUGCGGGAUGUGGUGGAGGACUGCAAGAAGAGGUACGAGGUGGAGAUUAACAGACGAACUGCUGCUGAGAAUGAGUUCGUGGUGCUGAAGAAGGAUGUAGAUGCUGCCUACAUGAACAAGGUUGAGCUCCAGGCCAAAGUGGACUCCUUGACAAAUGACAUAAAAUUCUUCAAGUGCCUCUAUGAAGGGGAGAUUGCUCAGAUGCAAUCUCAUAUCAGUGACACAUCCAUCGUCCUGUCCAUGGACAAUAACCGGCAGCUGGACCUGGACAGCAUCAUCAAUGAGGUCCGAGCCCAGUAUGAGGACAUUGCUGUGAAGAGCAAGACUGAGGCCGAGGACCUGUACCAGUGCAAGAUCCAGGAGCUACAGAUCACAGCAGGCCAGCAUGGGGAUGACCUCAAACUCACCAAGGCUGAGAUCUCAGAGCUCAAUCGGCUGAUCCAGAGGCUUCACUUGGAGAUAGGGAACGUGAAGAAGCAGUGCUCCAACCUGGAGACGGCCAUCGCUGAUGCUGAGCAACGGGGUGGCUGUGCCCUGAAGGAUGCCCGGGCCAAACUGGAAGAACUGGAGAGUGGCCUGCAGCAGGCCAAGGAGGAUCUGGCUCGGAUGCUGCGUGAGCACCAGGAGCUCUUGAAUGUCAAGUUGGCGCUGGACAUAGAGAUCGCCACCUACCGCAAGCUGCUGGAGGGCGAGGAGAGCAGGAUGUCUGGUGAAUACCCAAAUUCCGUGAGCAUCUCUGUCAUCAGCAGCACCAAUACGGGCCCAGGAGGGGCUGGCUUCAGUGUGGGCUUCGGCACCUCGAGCAGUUACAGCUACAGACCUAUGGGGCUGGAGAUCAAGACCAAAGGAAGCUGUGGCAGUGAGCUCAAGGAACCCCAUGUGAAAACUUCAGGAAGCAGCUGUGCAACCAAAAAGGCCUCCAGAUGA